AUGAAGGGGCAUUCGAAGUGGCAAAACAUCAAAGCGACGAAAGGGAAGAACGAUAUGAUUCGGUCGAAGGCUACUAAUUUUCUUCUUCGUAAAGUCAGAGUUUUUUAGUAUAUUCGUUAAUGCAUUCCAAUUCUAGGUUAGAGGUGCCGUUUCACGUGGAGGAUUCGAUCUCAAACUUAACAGGGAGCUAGCUGACGUGGAGCAAGAGUUUCGAGCUCAAGGGCUCCCAUUGGAUACCUUCAAAACAUUUUUGCAAAAAAUGAAAGUGAGUGCUCAGUGAAACAAAACAUUUUUUUCUAGUAUAGGAGAACCGAACAGAAAUGGCGCUCUGUUGAGAAACUCCUUUGCAGUGCAAAUUGAGCGACCUCGGGGCCGAGUUUGAAAAAUUAGGCCACAUUUUCAGUGGAAAAUUGAGUCCGUGACAAAAGGUCGGAAAACCAAAAAGGUCGGAAAACCAAAAAGGUCGGAAAACCAAAAAGGUCGGAAAACCAAAAAAAUUACUUCGCGGCCUAGAAAUUCGGCCAGAUUGCGAACAGCGCGCCCUUUCUGUCCGGUGCCCCUAUGAUAAUUGCAGGAUAAACCGGAAGUCGAGUAUACAUUCGAUGUUAUUGGUCCCAGCGGCACAUUCUUUAUUGUGAAUGCAGAAACGUCGAACAAGAAGGCAUUCGAAAAUGAUUUACGGAAAUAUUUUAACAAAUUAGGGGGCUUCCGGUUUGCAACUGAUGGCGGCGUUCGCAGUUGGUUCGAAGAAAAAGGAGUUGUUCAAGUAGCAGCCGAAAAAGAUAAACAAUCGGUUACCAUCGAGCAGGUAUGACACCAUUUAAUAGACGUUCUUUGCAAAGCUUUGAGACUCGAGAACUAAUUUUAAUUUUUUGGCUGACGUGUCCGAGGAUUUGUUUCUCGUGAGUCUGUAGUAAAAAAAUCCCAGUGCGGUGCGGUGACAGCUUAAUUUUCAGAUCCCUGUGCAAAAUGAAAUUCUUGAAAGAUUUAAAUAAAUCAUAGUUGCCACGGGCCGGGCCGGGCCGAAAUUUCCAAAACUCCGGCCCGGCCCGGCUCGGUUCAAACAGCGGGAAUUCAAAAUUUGAAUUAUUGAUCGCAUGAAGCCAUUUUUUGUAGAAUUAGGGGUUUUUGCAAGCAUCGAACAUUGAAAAACAAAUGUAUUUCUCAUAAAAAAUUCAUAAUAGCAAAAAAACAAAGAAGAAACACUAAAACUUUAGUUCGAAAUUUUUUUUUGUAAUAACGAAAAAAAAAAUUUCCGCGAAAAUUUGAAUUCCCGCCUUUUGAACCGGGCCGGCACUUCACCGACCCGGCCCGGCCCGAAAUCUGGCAAGUCUGAAAUAAAUUCUGACCUUUCAAUGUCUGUAAGUAUUCCAAAUUCAGAUGGAAGAAGUGGGAUUAGAACUUGACGUGGAAGAAGUGACUCUACUCCAAGAAGACAAUGUCGAAAAGUUCGAGCUUCUGUGUGAUGCAACCCAUCUUUCACCAUUAGAAAGCAACUUGAGCAAAGCUGGUUUCUCCAUAAUCUCAUCAGAAGUUGAUUUUCGCGCAGUUCAUCCAAUUGAAGUUUCUGAGGCCGAAUCUCAGAAAAUAGAAAAAUUCUAUGAUUUGUUGCAGGUAAAACACGUGUUCUUUUUACAACAUCAUCCAAUCAAAAAUAUUACAGGAGGAUGAACAAGUUCGUCAAAUUUUCGAUAAUAUUAAAACGGAUUAA